GCUGUUGUGAUGAUAAAUUCCUGGAGGAGCUGAAGAGUUUACAUAAGACAUAAAGGACGUCGCUUCCAGUUGCCAUUUUGGGAUUUAAAAGUGAAAUAAAGGUGACCGACCAAUCAAAACGUAUGAAAGAGCUAAUAUCAGACUGAGGACUAGGUUCCUCUUAAUUUCUGCUACAAAUACAGACGUUUCACACCGAAUACUGGGAAACAGAAUGCCAGCCAAGACGCCCAUGUACUUAAAGACAUCGACACCAAAGCGAGGCAAGAAGUUGAAAAUACGAGACGUUCUUUCAGGCGACAUGAUAAGCCCGCCGUUGGGUGAUGUGCGUCACAGUGCUCAUGUCGGGCCUGAGGGAGAGGGGGACAUGUUUGGCGAUGUGGGAUUCUUACACGGCAAACUUGACAUGCUUCCUGCCAACAAUCAACCGCCCAGCUCUCGUUUUCACAGCAUGGACAGAAGAAUGGAUGAGAUCUGUGAUGCAAAUAGCAAGAGCCACAGUUACCAUCGCAGUCAUAAUUAUCAUCACAACUCUCUCCUCAAAACCACAAUCUCCAUGCCGGUGUUUAUCGCGCCAGUGCAACCUCCUCCUAAACCCCCCCGUUUGCAUUUAGACGAGCAGUCGACUCCUGUUCAUCAGCAGCAGCGCUCCAUGUCUGUGUGUGAGGAAGGAAUUGAGAAGUGCAGGGAUCCCUGCCGUGACCACCUCACUCUCUCCGCCUCAAUCCCAGUCCUGCCACACCUGGUGCCUUCCACGGGCUCCUUAUCCGAGGCUUCCUCGGACGACUCCAUGUCGGAAGGCUGUGGUCCGCUGGAUCCAAAACGAGGCUUGAGUCUGGACUCUGAUGCAGGGCUCAGUAAUGAGGACCUGCGGAGCGAACACUGCGAGUCUCCGGCUAUCUCACCCAGUAUGUCACGCUCAGAGUCCCUAAUGGGUUUGGACCUGGACCUGGGACCAUCCAUUUUGGAUGAUGUUCUUAGCAUCAUGGACCGUUAUAAGACUGUGGAGGAGAGACAUGAGAUAUGAGGGGAUUCACUUCAGAUACUAUGAUAUAAGUGUCAGCUCACCCAUGCCAUCUUAUUAUGCCUGUUUCAGAGGACAAUGAAAAAAUUGGGAUUAAAGAGCAAUAGCUGGUUGUGCCACAGAUGCUGCAGAGUUAUGGCACAUUCUUAACCACGUGUAAUUAUCACAAGUAGGCAGUAAUUGUGAAAACUCUGUGAUGAUGUCAUUUUUAAAAAAUAGAAUGAUUUAAUCGAUCAAUCAAUUCAUUUCCAUAAGGUGAUCAGGUCAUUACACAACAGUGUUAAUAGAUAACAUCACAAGAGCAGUGUUUUCCUGGGUUUCUGGAGAUGUAAAAAAUUCAAGCACUUACAAUUUGUUCAUUUUUUUAUAUAUGUGCUGUUGCUUAUUAAGCUAUGUUUAGUGGGGAAUGAAAUUGGGAGUUUGGCUAUAUAGUACUUUUUUCUUGAAAAUGUCAAAAAAAAAA